CUAAGAAAAUUAUAGUCAUUUGAAUUACUGUAGCGAGAGAGCUCAUGGCUACAAUGAAGCUGAAAAAAAAUGAUACUGACGAUAUGAAUUAGCUGAUGAUUUAGAUGGGGGAAAAGUCGAACCAAGGAGGCAGGCGAAUUUGAUAUAAUCCUACAGGAGGAAGGGCAGUUCGCUGAAACCCUGGUGUGUGUGCUGUGUGUGUGUGUUGGGUGUGUGUGUGUUCCAACGCACAAGUAAAAGCCAGAGAGCGGUGGAAGGCUUUGCUAAGCCGAUCAAGGCGGAAUUGUAGACUACAAAACGGGUUCCACGUCCGGUGUAAUACGCACAUUAUUGUGAUUGUGGGGGACGUGAAACAAGGAUGAUGCGCCUGGCCUGCUGCACUGUCCUGCUCUUCGUGCUCCGUCUCCUGGUGGGCCUGCCCUGGUUCCAAGUCCUCCCCUCCAUCCUCAUCUUCUACCUGGGCUCUGGAGGUUGGAAGUUCAUACACAUUUUUGCCAAGACCAUCGGCAGAGACGUACAUGCAGCGGGCGUCCUCAUCAAGGUGAAAUGGAACGUCAAGCGUCACCUGCGGGAACGAAAUACCCUCCCGAAGAUCUUUGCAGAGACCGUGCGUCGCCAUGGGGACAAGACAGCGCUCAUCUUUGAAGGCACCGGCGAGAAGUGGUCCUUCCGGCAGCUGGACGAGUACUCCAACCGCGUGGCCAACCUGCUGCUCCAGAGGGGCUUCGUGGAAGGGGAUGUGGUGGCUCUCUUCAUGGAGAGCCGAUCCCAGUACGUGGGCCUCUGGCUGGGCAUGGCCAAGAUUGGUGUGGAGGCGGCCCUGAUCAACUUCAACCUGAGGCUGGAGGCCUUGGUGCACUGUGUCACCAUUUCCAACGCCAAGGCUGUGGUGUUCGGCAGCGAGCUGACUAAGGCCAUGUGUGAGGUACACAGUUCCAUGGGGAAGACUGUGCAGAUGCUGUGUUCAGGGGACUGGGACCCCAAACAGGUUCCUGUGGGGACAGAGUGCCUGGAGCCUCUUCUGGAUGCUGCCCCCAUCCACCUGCCCAGCCGCCCAGACCGCUGCUUCACAGAUCGUCUGUUCUACAUCUACACAUCUGGGACUACUGGGAUGCCCAAAGCUGCCAUUGUGGUUCACAGCAGGUACUACCGCAUGGCAGCGUUGGUAUACUAUGGCUUCGGGAUGACGUCUGAUGACGUGCUGUACGAUUGCCUUCCACUCUACCACUCUGCAGGUAACAUAGUCGGAGUGGGGCAGUGCCUGAUCCAUGGCAUGACAGUGGUCAUCAAGAAGAAGUUCUCUGCCUCCCGGUUCUGGGAUGACUGUGCCAAGUACAACUGCACGAUUGUCCAGUACAUCGGGGAGAUCUGCCGGUACCUGUUGAACCAGCCAGUAAAGGACAUAGAGCGGCAACACCGGGUCCGCAUGGCGCUGGGUAACGGCCUGCGCCAGUCCAUCUGGGAGGAGUUCACCUCUCGCUUCAACGUGCCACAGAUAGCAGAGUUCUAUGGCGCCACAGAGUGCAACUGCAGCCUAGGCAACUUCGGCAACAUGACGGGAGCGUGCGGGUUCAACAGCCAGAUCCUCCCCUUCAUCUACCCCAUCAGACUGGUGAAGGUGGACGAAGAGACUAUGGAGCUCACUAGAGGGCCCGAUGGAGUCUGCAUCCCAUGCAAGCCCGGUGAGCCCGGCCAGUUGGUGGGUAGGAUAAUUCAGAAUGAUCCCCUGAGAAGGUUUGAUGGCUACGUGAAUGAAGGAGCCACCACCAAGAAGAUCGCUAACAACGUCUUCAAGAAGGGAGACAGCGCCUAUCUGUCAGGCGAUGUCCUCAUCAUGGACCAGUAUGGCUACAUGUACUUUAAGGACCGUACUGGGGACACGUUCCGCUGGAAGGGAGAGAACGUGUCGACCACGGAAGUGGAGGGGACGUUGAGUCGUCUAUUGGACAUGAAGGAUGUGGUGGUCUACGGAGUCGAGGUCCCAGGAGCCGAGGGGAAGGCUGGGAUGGCUGCCGUAGCAGAUCCAGAGAGGUCUACAGACCUGGAAAAGUUUGGGAAGGAUCUGGAGAAAGCCCUGCCGCCAUACGCACGACCCGUCUUCCUACGCUUCCUCAACGAGGUCAACAAGACAGGCACCUAUAAGUUCCAGAAGACAGAGAUGCGGAGGGAGGGUUUUGACCCAAGCAGCACGUCAAACAAACUGUACUUCCUUGACCCCAGCAGGGGGCGCUAUGUGGAGCUGCACCAGGAGCUCUACAGCAGCAUCAUCUCAGGGAAGCAGAAACUGUAAAUGUGACAUCUGAUCUGGUCACUCUUUGCCCCCCCCCCCAGCCAAUAUCCCUAAACAAUCCCUAUCCACCCCCCACACACACAGAAACACCCCUAUACCUGAAGUCACUCUCCCUCCCCCCAGAAAAACUCUAACUCCCACAACCCCCCUAUCUCUAUCUGCUCUCUCUAAGCCCACGCCCCUCGUUACCUCAGCAACCAGAAAGGAGCAGCUGAGUCUCAUCUGGAACACAUGACAAGCCAAUCUGACACCCUACCCCAUGAUACACCUAGAGCGACCUUUGCCCUUUGACCCCUGAGGUACUUCCCCCGACCCUUCACCCCCCCACCCCACCCCCCACCCCAGAGCUUCACCUGACCAGGACCAAGAGGAGCGCCCGCUGGAAGGACACAACUUGUUUGCUGAGAGGGGCAUGUGGCAUGUCUCCAGAAUGCAAGAACAUAAUAACUUACUCCAAAUCUAACAAAUUAAAUACAAACUAGUUAGAGGAACAGGAACAUGGCACAAUGAAGGAACGUGAAUUGAACAAAGGAAACACUCCUAUUGGUCUGUCGGGUUUGUCUGUCUAAUGUUGAUGAGGUCACUCCAUCUGAGGCCCAGCCUGCACAAUGCCCAGUCAGUGGCUUCUGUUGUGACACAAAAGGACAGAUUGGUUUUAGUGGAGUGGGGUCUGCCCAUCCAUGUUAGACAUACAGUACAGCAAGCCUAGAGGCUGUAUGUCAGGGGAGGGAGAUUCACGUGGUUGAAACUGGGAUCCAGCAUUGGCAGAACAAUAAUCAGCCAGCCAUAAGGUGAUCUGAGAAGAAAGCUGUCUAUAAUAUUGAAAUAUGUCUGCAUUACACCAAAUAUAUUUAAUUUGUAGAAUAGUCUUUACAUAUUUAACAUAAAUAAACGAUGAUGUUUAACAUCGAGUUCCUAAUAAAAUGCUAAUCAAAAUGCUAAUCAUGUUAUGCCAUGUCCACGGUUGCGCUUGGCUUUCUCCUGACCUCCCCUUCACUACCUUAUGGGGUUCUCCUCCCUUCACUACCUUAUGGGGUUCUCCUCCCCUUCACUACCUUAUGGGGUUCUCCUCCCCUUCACUACCUUAUGGGGUUCUCCUCCCCUUCACUACCUUAUGGGGUUCUCCUCCCCUUCACUACCUUAUGGGGUUCUCCUCCCCUUCACUACCUUAUGGGGUUCUCCUCCCCUUCUUCAACCAACCACCGGCCGCUAGAACACAUACUCUCACAGUUUCAAACAUGAUUCUGAAAGUUCUGAAUCUGGGAUAGAAGAUUAUGAUUCUGAAAGGUUCUGAAUCUGGGAUAGCAGAUUCUGAUUCUGGGAUAGAAGAUUUCUGAUUCUGAAAGGUUCUGAUUCUGGGAUAGAAGAUUUCUGAUUCUGAAAGGUUCUGAUUCUGGGAUAGAAGAUUCUGUUUCUGAAAGGUUCUGAUUUAGAUGGGGAGGGUUUCUGUCAGUAUUGUGCAGGUUGGGCCUAAAUGGUAUGGCAUAGUGGAUAUUUUAAAGCCGGACAAAGAGAGCUGAAUUGAAAAGCACCAACUUCUGUCCGUCUCUGUGGCGGAUUUAAUAUGAGCAGAGUAAUAUUCUGGUGCCUCAGAAGGAAUUCAACUCUCUCUCAGACUCAAACCAAACGAUCGAAGAGAGCUGAGAGGAAAGGGCAAAGAUCAUUCUCUUCGUCAUCGUUGUUUGUUCUUCUUCUUCCUUGUUUCAUCUUCUUAGCAGCAUGAAUGAUCAACACAAACAGAGCACUGUGCCUUCACUGUGAGUUUACAGACUCAGAUUCACAGGCCCUGUCCCAUAACACCCUACUCCUUCACCCCUCACUCCCUUCUGUCCCAUAGUCUCUCCCCUCAGUCUCUUCCCUCUCUCCCUACUAUCCCGUAGUCUCUCCCCUCAGUCUCUUCCCUCUCUCCCUACUGUCCCGUAGUCUCUCCCCUCAGUCUCUUCCCUCUCUCCCUACUGUCCCGUAGUCUCUCCCCUCGGUCUCUUCCCUCUCUCCCUACUGUCCCGUAGUCUCUCCCCUCAGUCUCUUCCCUCUCUCCCAACUGUCCCGUAGUCUCUCCCCUCAGUCUCUUCCCUCUCUCCCAACUGUCCCGUAGUCUCUCCCCUCAGUCUCUUCCCUCUCUCCCUACUGUCCCGUAGUCUCUCCCCUCAGUCUCUUCCCUCUCUCCCAACUGUCCCGUAGUCUCUCCCCUCGGUCUCUUCCCUCUCUCCCUACUGUCCCGUAGUCUCUUCCCUCAGUCUCUUCCCUCUCUCCCUACUGUCCCGUAGUCUCUUCCCUCAGUCUCUUCCCUCUCUCCCUAAUGUCCCGUAGUCUCUCCCCUCAGUCUCUCCCCUCAGUCUCUUCCCUCUCUCCCUACUGUCCCGUAGUCUCUUCCCUCAGUCUCUUCCCUCUCUCCCUACUGUCCCGUAGUCUCUCCCCUCAGUCUCUUCCCUCUCUCCCUACUGUUCCGUAGUCUCUCCCCUCAGUCUCUUCCCUCUCUCCCAACUGUCCCGUAGUCUCUCCCCUCAGUCUCUUCCCUCUCUCCCUACUGUCCCGUAGUCUCUCCCCUCAGUCUCUUCCCUCUCUCCCAACUGUCCCGUAGUCUCUCCCCUCAGUCUCUUCCCUCUCUCCCUACUGUCCCGUAGUCUCUCCCCUCAGUCUCUUCCCUCUCUCCCUACUGUCCCGUAGUCUCUUCCCUCAGUCUCUUCCCUCUCUCCCUACUGUCCCGUAGUCUCUCCCCUCAGUCUCUUCCCUCUCUCCCUACUGUCCCGUAGUGUCUUCCCUCAGUCUCUUCCCUCUCUCCCUACUGUCCCGUAGUGUCUUCCCUCAGUCUCUUCCCUCUCUCCCUAAUGUCCCGUAGUCUCUCCCCUCAGUCUCUCUCCUCAGUCUCUCCCCUCAGUCUCUUCCCUCUCUCCCUACUGUCCCGUAGUCUCUUCCCUCUCUCCCUACUGUCCCAUAGUCUCUCCCCUCAGUCUCUCCCCUCAGUCUCUUCCCUCUCUCCCUACUGUCCCGUAGUCUCUUCCCUCAGUCUCUUCCCUCUCUCCCUACUGUCCCGUAGUCUCUUCCCUCAGUCUCUUCCCUCUCUCCCUACUGUCCCGUAGUCUCUUCCCUCAGUCUCUUCCCUCUCUCCCUACUAUCCCGUAGUCUCUCCCCUCAGUCUCUUCCCUCUCUCCCUACUGUCCCGUAGUCUCUUCCCUCAGUCUCUUCCCUCUCUCCCUACUGUCCCGUAGUCUCUUCCCUCAGUCUCUUCCCUCUCUCCCUACUGUCCCGUAGUCUCUCCCCUCAGUCUCUCUCCUCAGUCUCUCCCCUCAGUCUCUUCCCUCUCUCCCUACUGUCCCGUAGUCUCUCCCCUCAGUCUCUCUCCUCAGUCUCUCCCCUCAGUCUCUCCCCUCAGUCUCUUCCCUCUCUCCCUACUGUCCCGUAGUCUCUUCCCUCUCUCCCUACUGUCCCGUAGCACCCUAUUCCCUCAAUCUCUAUCCUUUACUUAUCCAUUCAACUCUCCAUGUUAUUCCCACCCUCUCACUCUCGUUAGGCAUGUCUCCCACCAAAGUACCUCACACUCUCAUCCCAUUUUCUGUCAUGCUGUAAUUGUUCUCAGAGCACAUAAAUGCACUACUACCGUCUCCACUCUGACGACUGUCAGUGUACACUCUAUCUCUGUGUCCUCUCAAAACAAGCAAACAAAUCAUGAGCCAGUUCGGCAAGCCAAACAUCCUGUCUGUGUGAAGUCGAUGGUGGAGACCAGGGGAGAAGGAUUCUCCUACCACGCUGAGGAUCAUGGGUAGUGUAGUUUGCCAGGUUCCUCCCCUUUGUCUCCUGUCUGGUGUGUCUCUGUCGUCUUACAUACAUGCACACCGGGAUGAUGAGGAGGAAGAGGAAGUGAUGACAUUGCUCUCCAGCUCUAUCCACCAUUUUGUGUAUUUAUUAUUAGUGAUGAUCGUUUUGUGGCUCACAAUGUUUAAUGAGGAAAAGUGUUUGUGGAAGAAAACAAUUAGACCAAUAUUUAUGUUGUAAAGAGGAAUAUAUACAUUUUGGGGGUUAUAUAUGCUGCUUUGAUGUUUUUGAUCCUGGGGUGUCAUAGGAUAGUAUGACCAUGAGGUGGCGCAUGACUGGGCAGGCCCAGAGGAAUCUGUAAGGGCAUUGGGCAAUAGUCUGAAGUGGUUUACUCGCAUGUCUGAUAUGAAAGGAGUGGAGACAAGUGGAAACAGCCAUAGCCGUAUUGCUUUCACCUAACCUGCUGUGUUGUUGUGUUAAAGGAGAGGAGACCAGGAGCGGGAUCUAUUCUAGACUAUUGAGAUGCACCUCCUGUCUGUCCCAGAUGUGUUUCCCACUUGGGGGGAAUUUAAAUUAUACAUAUUUUAAGUAUGAAUUAUUCCUUAUUUGAAUGUGCAUUGACUGUGUCAGAGCUAUGCGUUGUUUGUUAUUUUCUCUGUGUGAAAUCAAAGCUUUAAUGUGUCAGGAUUCUGGAAGUGAGUGAAGGGGCUCCGCGAGUUUGUCUGCCUGUUAGACCGUUGACCAGCACCCACACCUAUGACAGCCCCUGACCACUGGAGGGCGCCAAACUCCAGCCCUUCUAUACAGUCUGCUGUGCGGAGGCCCUCUGUUUUCAUACCUGUCCUGCAUUGGUCACAAUGUGACACACACACACACACACAGAUGAAGUCGAAUGAGAGUAUGGCAAUAUCAGAGUGUAUUGUUUGGAUAGCUACAGUCCAACCGCUUAAGAAACAGGUUUAGUCCUACAUUCCACUAGAACUACAUUCCAUUCCAAUAUGUCUCUUGUCAAUCUGUCCCCAGUCAAUCAGUCAAUCAAAUGUAUUUAUAAAGCCCUUUUUACAUCAGCAGAUGUCACAAAGUGAUGUAGAGAAACCCAGACUAAAACUAUAAACAGCAAGCAGUCUCGUCUCACAACUGUGCAGAGUCUGGCGAGUGAGAUUGCUCUGUCCCCAGCAGAAUAAAAUAUGUGGAAACUUGAGAUGAGUAUGAAUAAUGGCCACGUGCUUACUUUACAAGCCAUUACAUCAAUACUGUUGCUUUGCACUGUAACUUUGAUGACGCUAUUUCUAAAGCCUUGUGGGCAGGCGUGUACAGAGAAUAGGCCUACCUAGUACCCACACAUCCCAAUUUCAGUGUUAUCUUUAAGUACUGCUAUCUUAUUCCUGUGACACUGAAUAGAGAGACGUGAGUGUCACAGACUCUCUGAGGUUAUCAGUUUACUCUGGUGAUGUCCAGAGACAACUCCCUAGCUGCUAGGAAGUUGUGUAGAACGCACAGACUAAGGGGUAAGAGGCUAGGAGUUGUUUCUGGACAGGGCACAUGUGUCACAAACCAAUUGUAACGUGUGAGAGGGACAGGGUGUUGGUCAGGUCUUUAACCAGAGGGAGGCGCUGUUUCCCAGCAAAAUCAUCCUGGCUGCUGCCUAACACACCAGUGAACCCUCAUUCCAUAGGACUAAACAUUAUUAUUAUGUCCUACUAACAAACUGUAUCAAAGAAUGUCUGAUUUAUUUAUAAAAUAUAUUGUUGAAAUAUCAAUGCAUUGCUCUUCUAUAGUACUGGGGUACUGGGAUGAUGGAUAACGAAUAAAACUGAUUGAUGAAUGGAAACUUA